AAAAUGUUUGUUUUUUUUUCAGUUAUCUCCAGUAAAAGAGAAAAUGUUGGCCCAUCAAGAUAUAAAUCGUUUGAAUCUUUGUAAAAGCUGUAACUUGUUCUUUCCUACCAUUCAUUCUCUGCAAGUUCAUCUGCAAAAUAAGCACCAAACAAACAAGGGAGCUGAAAGUUCAAAUGAGACGCUGAAUGAUCAAGACAGUUUUAUGAAAUUACUUUCGUUAAACAAGCCAAUAAAAACAGUUGCUCAGGAUGUAUCUGUGAAAGUUGAAGCAGGAAAAGAUUCCACAAUGUUCCGCACAUCUCCUAUGGUAGCUUAUCUUAAUGUACCAAGCUGGUUACAAACUACCAUGCAGGAUGAUUGGAAAUACGUUUAUUCAAGAUUAGACUCAGAGAAAAAUUCAACGUUGAAUGAAAGAUCUAUGCAAGAUUCCACUGGCUUGUGUGGCAUUGGUGUUCACACAACAACCAACAACAGGAAAAUGUAUUGGUGUCGUCUUUGUAAUUAUGCAUCUUUUGAAAAAAGCACAAUUAUGAGACAUCAGCGUACACACACUGGCUUGCGACCUUACUCGUGCACUUUCUGCAACCUCGCUUUCACAACCAAAGCGAAUUGUGAACGACACGUACGCAAACGACAUCAUCAUAAUAUUCAACCCAACACUGACGUUAAAGAAUUGGUGUAUUGUGAUUAUGAGUUGCUGAGAAAAGCGAGAACUGGUUCGUUGAAGGAAGAUCAAAUGUCGAAAAUAAUUUCUCCGAACACUGGAAGAUUCUUCAGUUUCCAGUGUCGAAUAUGUAAGAGUGCUUUCAGCUCCCGAAGCAAUGGAGCAAGACACGUCAUGAGCAAACAUGGAGUGGUUAAUAGAAAAGGUGCAAACGAAGUUAUAAUGUGCAUGAAGCUGAACAAAACUUCGGCAGUCAAAUUGAACCAACAAGAAACGAAUGAUGAAGUUGUGGAAAGAAAAGCUUUGAACGUACAAACCAACCCCUCACAAUCGAUGGGUGUAACUCCAAAAAAUCCGAGAUUUGACAAGUUCGAGAAACCUGACAAGUUAAAGACGCAAUUGCACGUCAACAAGAAAUUGAUCCCUUUAGCCAAGAUACAAUCUUUCAAUAACACAGUUUCGCAUCUGUACGACAAGUUUGACAAGCAGUACAAGAAUAUGUGUGAAGAUUUAAAUCUGCCAGAUACAGAAGAUAUAAAUGGGAGCAAAAGUUUUAUCGUUCGUAUUAACAACGCCAUACAAGCCUUGACGAAGGUGUUUGAAAAUUGUCAGGCAUCUGGAAAGUACCAGCCAACCAUUUAUUCGAAUAAACCAUCUCCGAAAAUAGUUUCAAACCAUGAUCAGAUGAUGAAUGGUUCCAAUUCCUUCACACAGGAUGAUAUAGCUAAAGAUCCAGACUGUGACUAUGCCCAAUUAUUUGCUGAUGGCAAACUUAAUUGUGUGGAUGAUGUGGGAGAUAAUGUAUUACCAGCUAUACAAGACACUUAUUCAUAUUCAGCAAACUUUAGUAAAGAGUUCCCUGCAGAAUCCUCAGUUAAACCUGUUGAACAAAACAUGUUCAAUUCCUCGUGGGAAACGAAUGAUUUUACGAGUGUUGAAGAUUUGGUGGAAUUUAUUCAACAUCCAAAAGUUAAACCUAUUGGAGAAAGUCUCGAUAAUGAUGAAAUAAUGGAAAUACAGGGAGAAAAAAGUUUAAAUUUUAGCGACAAACAGAAAUCUCCACAGAGUUCUAUUUCUUCAUUAAAAUCUGGGGAUGGUUGGACUUCUAUGUCCGAUAAUGCUGUACAACGAAGUCACAGAUAUUUAAAGGAAGUUUUAAAUGAAGAAAACUCGAUGACAAAUGAUUCAGUAUAUGAAGAAGCAUUACCUACAAUGGUACAAACCUCCAAUAGGUUGUUUCGUAAAGGCAACCGAAUUUCUAAGGUCGAAAAUGAAUCCAAAGCUAUGUUGGUAACAAAUAGAACACGAAAAUGUCCGAAAUGUAACAAAGUGUUUCCAUGGGCGUCGUCGUUGCGUCGACAUAUUAUGACACAUACUGGCCUGAAGCCAUUUAUGUGCGGACAAUGCUCAAUGCAAUUUACCACUCGCUCAAAUUUGCUGCGUCAUGUUUACCGCCGUCAUGGUUUGGCACCUACGGAAAAAAAUAAUGAUUACGUCAUCACUUUGUCCAUGAGUCAGCAAAAAAAGCUUGCGGAAGAAUGCAGUAAUUCAAAUGUGACCAGCAAAGAUUUGGAACACAAAGUUAGACCCAUAGUUAGCAAAGAAGAUGUGGUUUUACCUGAAAAGAAUAAAAUUGCGGUUGAUCAAGUUAAAACACCCGAAGUAAAAAACGAGGGGGUGGUUUAUAAUAAGCGUUAUGCUUGUGGUCUAUGCGGCGUUCCGUUCGCAAAUCGAUCAAAUCUUGUCCGACAUUUGCAACGUUUACACGAGACAACCAAAGAUCAUCCAAACUUUAAGGAAAUGUUGUUAAAACUAGACACUUCUCGUCAUUCGGAAUCGGAACUGGAUUCAUCAAUAAGUGACAUAGGCGGAAGAAAGUUCGAUCGGAAACUUGGAAUUGAUCAAAAUAUCUUGAAAAAGAAAAACAGAUACCUUCCAAAUUCACCAAAUACCACUGAUUCCAAGGAAUUUAAAUGCGGGAUUUGCUUUAUUGGCUUCACAAAGAGAAACAACGCCGCUCGACACAUACAACAACAACAUAGUAUUUCGAAAAACGGAACAAACUUUUGCAAGCUCAUUAUACAUAGUAAACCUCAAACAGCCUCGUCAUAUGAGGAAGAUUCUGACGCCAAACUGCAAACCAGUAAAUCUACUGCUCCAGAUUUAACGAAAGAUAUUCGUAUUGAAGUGAAACAAGUGGACGAACCAAAAGUUGUCGUGAAAACUGAAAGCAUGGAAGAAGAGAUGAAAGAAGUGGAAAAUGAAACACAAAAGGAAACUUUAGAAAAAAAUAACUGUUCGACGGAAGAUGACAAAACGAAGCCGGAGUCUCCAAUUGAGGAAAAAACUUCUGAUGUUUCCAAGUGGUCUGGUAGAAGAAGAUUAACAACAAGAAAACAUGCGAUAAAAAAAGAAGUCCAAGAAAUUACUUCAAAUGCUACGAAAAAAAAUUGCGAAAAUGAACUUCCUAAGUGGAAAGGAAGAAAACGAUCCGCUUCAAGGAAACGGUUGGAAGGUGAAGCUUCAGGUGAAUUUACAAUUUUGAUGCAAAAGUCGACAGAAUCGCAUACAAAACGAAAGGAUUCAAACUCAAAAUUGCGGAAAACUGAGUAACUUCACAUUUUUCAUCUGGAAUUCUGAUUUUUGUUUUCAAUACUGUUGCAACUAGCUUAGUAAAGUGAACUUUUCAGCAAAUAUUUCCUCUUUUUUAGUUAAAUCAUUUCUUUGGUUUAAUUAUGUCGUUUACAUCGUACUUUCCUGUGCACUUUCAUUAUUAAUUGGCCGCUCCUGAUCUGGUGUACCGUAUUUGUAUUCCGCUAUCGCUGAAAAACAUGAAUGGAUUUUUGAAACUUAUAUUUAAACCGUAAUUUUGAAAACAAAGGACGUAAUAAACCGUACUUUAUUAAAACGGAAAAAA